AUGUGCAAAUACUGCCCAGCCUGCUAUCAUACAAUGCAAUCUGCAGCAAUCUGCUUCCUCAACCGCACCUUCAUGUACCCAGUCGCGCACAGAAUCCUAUGCUAUCUGGCUGUAGAGGUGUAUAGCAACUGGGAGCUUUUUAGACACCUCUACUUCCAUCUUAACCAAUUCAACAUCGAAAUAUUGAAGCUGCAUGUGGAUUUUGAACUACUAGAACGCUUCUACAUCAGGAAUGAAGAAAAGAAGGAACGCCGAAGAACCACUACGGGAGAUUUUCUGCUCAGCCUUCAGCUACCGGUACAUAAAAUGGCGUGUAAUCACACACCCCUCAAAUUAAGUCGUCACAACACCACACAGCUUCCCAUCAUAUACGAAGAUGAGGGGCACACACUGCCGGGGAGAGCCGGCAACAUGCAUUCGGGAAGGCGUAUUUCCGGCUCUGCUAAAUGUUUAUACUUAUGCAUUAAAUAAUGUAGCUUACACACCGUUUUGGAGUUAUUAUCUAAUUCAUUACAAAUAGGGUGGGCU